GUAGCAGCAAAUGGUGGAGCGUUCAACAAUCUUGAUCCGCAGCUCUCCGACGUGCCAGGCAAGCACAGAAGCAACACAGCUAAUCCCAGCUAUCGCAGCACUGCUGAAUCAAAAUCUGAUCACACUGUGGAUGACAAUAUUGCUUCAAUUUUCAAAACAGACUUCACGUCACGCAACCAGAAUGAAGGCAAUGAAGCUCAAGGAUCCAAAGACCCCAAGGGCAAGGCCGUAAUUACUGAACCGGAAUCGAUUGGGGAACGUAACCUAUUUGACACAAACCCCAUAUGCACCGAAGGAACCGAACUACGGGGCGGACGCUGUCGCCACAAAGCCUGAAGCAGAGCCUAGUUAGCUAAACAAACUUAGACUAUUUCUAUGAUUGGAUAU